CGACGCCGCCGCCCUAGUGAAAGCCUUACCAGUACUGCUAUCAGCAGCAGCAGCCCAACCACGCGUUACCGCACACUCGCGCCUUUCCUUUGACACGGCGGACGCCGGAGGAUUGGGGCGGCAAUUUGUCAUUUCCUUUUUUAUUAAAAUUAUUUUUCCUGCCUGUUGUUGGAUUUGGGGAAAUUUUUUGUUUGUUUUUUAUGAUUUGUAUUUGACUGAGAGAAACCCACUGAAGACGUCUGCGUGAGGUUUCCGGGGUACAAGAACAGAGACCACCGAGGCCGACUCGCGGCCGGUGCACCCACCGCCAAGGACAAAAGGAGCCCAGCGCUGCUAGCUGCAUCCGAUUCCUCCCAGUGCUUAGCAUGAAGAAGGCCGAAAUGGGACGGUUCAAUAUUUCCCCGGAUGAAGACAGCAGCAGCUACAGUUCCAACAGCGACUUCAACUACUCCUACCCCACCAAGCAAGCUGCUCUGAAAAGCCAUUAUGCAGAUGUAGAUCCUGAAAACCAGAACUUUUUACUUGAAUCGAAUAUGGGGAAGAAGAAGUAUGAAACAGAAUUUCAUCCAGGUACUACUUCCUUUGGAAUGUCAGUAUUUAAUCUGAGCAAUGCGAUUGUGGGCAGUGGAAUCCUUGGGCUUUCUUAUGCCAUGGCUAAUACUGGAAUUGCUCUUUUUAUAAUUCUCUUGACGUUUGUGUCAAUAUUUUCCCUGUAUUCUGUUCAUCUCCUUUUAAAGACUGCCAAUGAAGGAGGGUCUUUAUUAUAUGAACAAUUGGGAUAUAAGGCAUUUGGAUUAGUUGGAAAGCUUGCAGCAUCUGGAUCAAUUACAAUGCAGAACAUUGGAGCUAUGUCAAGCUACCUCUUCAUAGUGAAAUAUGAGUUGCCUUUGGUGAUCCAGGCAUUAAUGGACAUUGAAGAUAACACUGGAUUGUGGUAUCUGAAUGGUGACUAUUUGGUUCUGUUGGUGUCACUGAUACUCAUUCUUCCUUUGUCGCUGUUUAGAAAUUUAGGAUAUUUGGGAUAUACCAGUGGCUUUUCCUUGUUGUGUAUGGUGUUCUUUCUGAUUGUGGUCAUUUGCAAGAAAUUUCAGGUUCCGUGUCCUGUGGAAGCUGCUUUGAUAAUUAAUGAAACAAUAAACACCACCUUAACACAGCCAACAGCUCUCAUACCUGAUUUGUCACAUAACGUGACUGAAAAUGACUCUUGCAGACCUCACUAUUUUAUUUUCAACUCACAGACUGUCUAUGCUGUGCCAAUUCUGACCUUUUCAUUUGUCUGUCAUCCUGCUAUUCUUCCCAUCUAUGAAGAACUGAAAGACCGCAGCCGUAGAAGAAUGAUGAAUGUGUCCAAGAUUUCAUUUUUUGCUAUGUUUCUCAUGUAUCUGCUUGCCGCCCUCUUUGGAUACCUAACAUUUUACGAACAUGUUGAGUCAGAAUUGCUUCAUACCUACUCUACUAUCUUGGGAACUGAUAUUCUUCUUCUCAUUGUCCGUCUGGCUGUGUUAGUGGCUGUGACCCUGACAGUACCAGUAGUUAUUUUCCCAAUCCGGAGUUCUGUAACUCACUUGUUGUGUGCAUCAAAAGAUUUCAGUUGGUGGCGUCAUAGUCUCAUUACAGUGUCUAUCUUGGCAUUUACCAAUUUACUUGUCAUCUUUGUCCCAACUAUUAGGGAUAUCUUUGGUUUUAUUGGUGCAUCUGCAGCUGCUAUGUUAAUUUUUAUUCUUCCUUCUGCCUUCUAUAUCAAGUUGGUGAAGAAAGAACCUAUGAAAUCUGUACAAAAGAUUGGGGCUUUGUUCUUCCUGUUAAGUGGCAUACUGGUGAUGACCGGAAGCAUGGCCUUGAUUGUUUUGGAUUGGGUACACAAUGCACCUGGAGGUGGUCAUUAAUUGGCACCACUCAAACUCAAACUCAGUGCAUCUGAUGCCAGUGUUGAGUAAACUCAACUACUAUGAAAUUUCACCUAAUAUUUUCAGUUUCACUUCCUUUUGAAGUGCAGAUUCCUCGCUGGUUCUUCUGAGUGCAGAAUAAGUGAACUUUUUUUUUUUUUUUUUUUAAAGAAACUUAUCUGUAUGUUAGAAAUGGAUAUGAACAACAAAACCACGAGUCUCGGGUUAAGGGAAGUGACAAUUUUAUUCCAUUCCAGAGAAUGGACGAACUCUUAACUUUUAUCAAGCCACAUGCUUGGCUGUGUCAUUGUUUAACUUGGAUAUUUUAUGAUUUUACUUGAAUGUGCCUAAUGGAACCAUUCGAUGUGAGAAAUAAUUCUUCUUAAUUUACAGCAAAGUAUUGAAUAACCAUUGAGAAAAACACUAUUAUUUUUUGUACCAAAAAUACUUAAAGACCUCAGAAGCACUCUUUUACUUUUAAAAAAUUGCUUUUUUUGAACUUUAUUCAGAAGCAGUUAUCAAUAAAUUCCAUAAAAUAAUUUCAUUGGUAUUUAAAAAUGAAUAUUAGUAUAAUGAAAUGAUUUGCCUUUUUGUAGGCAUAAUAAGCCAAAUACUUUUUUACCCAAAAUAAUUUUUAGAGAAAAUGAUGUAAUGAAAAAUUGUACCAUGAAUUAGGAGCGUAGUUUUUUUCCAUUUAAAUGUCACCAUUACUUAAAAGAUGAUUGAUUGAUUAUUGCUAUACCAAAUCAGAUGAAUUCUGUUCAUCACUUUUCUUCUCUGUCCCCAAACAAUUUGGUUCAUUCAGACUGAAAUGUUUGUGUCUUCAGCUUAUUAGAAUGGAAGAUAAUACAGAUAUUUCUGUAGGAAAUAAAAUAACUAAUUUUGAGGUACCAAAUAGUGCAAUUGGGUAAAACAGGGUUUAUUCAGUUGCAUCUGUCUCCAGUGUUGUAUUGACAGCUCUGGGUAUUUUUUUUGGGCCAGCCCUUUUUUGACAUUGCUUCCAGCAGUGGAAAAUGGGCAUUUAAUGGCAAUAGCCAAAAUUAUUGUGUCCAGAGAGUACACUUUUUCAAAAUGCUCACCUACUGGAAGUGUGAAUUACUUGACAAUGUAUGGCUUAGUUGUGUUCAUGUUUUGUCUACAGUAGAGGUCUAAUCCACAGGGUACACCUAUGUUUGGUAAGAUAUAAGUUCUCUUUGUGUAGGCCACUGGGUUUCUCAUGCAGUAAGCUUUAUAAAAACUCAUUUGCACUGGACUGUCAUCUCAUUCUUGUACAACGUAGAAUUACUUGUUUACAUCCAACAAAUGGUUAGCUAGGGAAAACAGUGCAAACUGAGUGUUAGUCGUUUUGGUCCAACUGCAUGUCAACCCUUCCAUUUCAAUCCUGGUUAGAAGUGAAAAUAAUUACUUUGAAACUUGGCUUUAAGAGCACAUUUAUCAUAUGUCACAGUGUAUGGUGAAUAUAUUAUUAAAAUAACGUGGUACUUUGCUCAUCAGGCAUAAUGUCUAAAAUCUAAUAUACAUAAUUCCAUUAAGUGGUUGAGGGAAGCAAAUAAUGGAAUUGUCAAUUGGUCAUCUGGCUCUAAGGUUUGCCCUUGAACUAAAAAUGUUGAGUUUGGGGCAAGGGCCAGAAAUGUGGCAGACGUGGUUUUUGUUACGCAUUCUUGUAUUAUAUGUGACUAAAUUAACAAACAAGAAACAUGUGUAAGGACCCUUAUGGAACUGGAAGACGUCUUGUAGUGCUACAUUGGGUGAAACCAUUGGUCCACUUUUGUCUGUUCCUAUGAAGAUAAAAUAAUUGGGGACCAUCUACAAAUAGGCAGUGGGAAGACAGAUUCUACAGCACUGCUUUCAUUUAAUUGGGCUUUAGACACUCCAUUCGAAUGCAGAACCUCACCUCUAGUUGAGACCAAGAAUUGGCACAUUUGCAUGAGCUCCUGGAAUAAGUUGCUGACUUUGUAUCUAAGACCUGCCAGGGAAUACCAAGAGUUGUUUCUACAGAAGAUACUGUGGCAACCAGGAAGGAAUGGAAAAAAAAAUUCUUUUCUUUACAACAAAUUAAUGUGAGGAAGCUCCUCCAAUCAUCUGGUUAUUUGAGGUUCAAAAUCAACUGCCUAGGGAAAAUUGCAAUGCAUGAUUCUCUUGGAGCUAUCUUGUCUGCCUUGAGGUUCCUAAACAAUGAAUUCCCAUUAAUGAGCAGUCUUCAGUAUUAAAACCACUGUCUUGUCACCUCAUUUUGCAUUACUGUCUUCCGUGGAUGUUUCAGUUAUAACUGUAAUGUUAUUUAUAGAACAACAUUAAUCCAUUAAAGCUAACCUAUUUUUCAAUAUUUAUGAUAAUCUAUGUACAUAUAUUGUCUGUCCAUAUGUAUUUGUAAAUAGGUUGUAUAUAAUGUCAGGUUUGGGUCUUGGGUUCAAGUGUAUAUAUUCCUAUAAGUUUCUUAACUGCAUUUUGAUGAAUUCAUAUUAUGUAACUAUAAGAAUUGUCCCAAAAGUACCUGUACAGAAAAUUGAAUAUUGAAAAAUUGACAAAAUUGUGUACAAACACUAAAGUGUUUAAAUUGUAUUUGCAAUAAACUCAACAUUAAAUUUUUUCAUGAAAUCUUGGUGCAAAUUCAGAUCUCUUAUUUAAAAUUUAAAUAAGGUAUAAAUUUUCAAAAUGCAGUAAUCAAAAUGUGAUCUAGUGUAAUGAAAUAAAGUGUGAUCUAGUGUAAUGGAAGACCUUUGAGAACCUGGGUGUAUUAACUUUGUGUAUAUAGUGUAAAUAUCCCUACUGUACUGUUAGAGACCAACAAUUCUAGUAUGGCUUGUUGGCAAAGAGUGCUACACCGUUUCAAUGAAACAAUGUAUGUUUGUUUUAACUGAACUAAAAUAAAUACAUGCUUAAUCUUAA